AUGUACAUGGUAUGGUCUCGUUUUUUGAGAUGGGUUGGACGGAUCAGAAGGGCGCAUUGUUGCACAUUGACGCAACCGUUGCGUCACCAACGUCCACCGCCGUCCGAAGACGUCCUUCUCAUGGAUGUGUGACCGCCUUUUUUUGUUGUUUACUUCGUCUUUUGAAUUUUAAACGGUCUGAAAUUUGGAAUUGAUCGAAAUGGUCAGUAAAAUCUUUGUAAGACCUCUUAAAGGUUUUUUUUUAAAUUUUUUGUAGGACUCAAGAUUUUUCAGAAUGAUUCUAUUCCUACAUCAAGGAACAGCUUGUUCCUCAGUUUUUAAAAAUGUAUUUUCGUUCUCCCAUGUUCUUUCUCUGCUUCAAGGACAAUUUCAGAAAAGUAAAUCGCUAAUAAAUUGUCCAGACUCGUUUUCAACGUAGGGUGCGUCUUGGAAGAAUUGAUUUUCAGAAUUUAGAAGAUUUUAUCAUGGACGAUGUCGACUUCUUUUCAAAAUUUCAAUCUGUUAGUAACAGUUGCGAGCUUAGAGGUUAGAAAGCUAAUUAGGUGAAUUUUUGAAAUUUUUGACAAAAAUUAGGUUACGGUAGUCCAUGCAUUACGCUUAUACGGCUGAUUUGUGAUUCGAAUUUAUCAUUAUCCUCAUCAUUUUUCGCCGUUCUGUUAUAGUAGGAAAAAAAGGAUUCAUGAGUAAAAAAAUUAUUUAAUCGUGCUCAAAAAAAUAUGAAAUCAAGGAACUUUUUUUCUUCGCAGAAUUAAAAAUCGAAAAAAUUUCAGUUAUCCCGUUUCGGAACCUAAAAAAUAUUUUAAUUGAAAGUUCUAUUCCUUAUUUUCGUUCGAGUUUUUUUCAGUUUUUUUUUCUCAAACUCCUUUUUCUGAUAGUUAUACGUAUGAAUACGAUCUCAGCCAGUCGAAGGUUUUUUAAAAACUUUCAUAAAAAAAUCUAUAGUUUGACUUUUCAAAUCAGAAAUCUAGUUUUCUUUUUGCAUUCUUUUUUUUUGAGCUUUGCACUUCCUAUCAUGUUGCUCAUAUCUGUCGGAACGCCAUUGGGAUCCGGUUUCAGGUGGUUUCUCAUCGGAUAUUGCGUAGGCGAUCGCGCGGUCUGACCUCCCCGGCGUGGACUUGUGGUCAGAGGAGAUCGCUCGUCUUGGCUUUGGCACUGUUCCAGGAGGCGACCACAGCCUCGCUAGGUUGAUCGAUCGCCCUUGGACAGAUGCUAGCUACAAUGCGCAGAAACAAUGUUUAGGCUUCUGGAAAUUUAGUGAGAGGGACAAGAGACUCAUUAAUACAAUUGAAACGAAGUAAUUGGAGUCCUAACUUCGGGAAUGAGCUGGGACUUCUUCCAAAAAAUGAAUGAAAAUUUUUUAUACUUUGCUUAAAAGAAAUAUUUCAAGUCUUUAUCGAAUUUGAACCCGAAAAGAUUCAUUUUAUGACUUUCAAAUAGUAGGAAGAAGUUGAUUAGGGUUAGGAAGCUCAAAAAAUUAAUUAACAGAAAUUUCAGUUUUUCCACGUCAAUAUUUAUUUUUAAAACGUCAACUCUUCACGUGAAAAAUGGCAAAUACUCGUUGAAGAUCUUUUCUAGAUAUGGCAGUGUCCAUCACGUUUCAAGGGUACCUGGAAAGCUAGCGUUUAUUUGUAGUUUGCUGGGUAUCUCAAUAGAAUUUUUUUUCUUGACCUCAUACAGUAUAUUUCAUGAUAUUUGACCUCAACAAUUGUUUUGUUUGUACUAUGGUGGGUUGUGCUGACCUCACCGUGCCGUUGGAAUCAUUCUCUUUGGCCUAUUUUAUCGGUUCUUGUUGUUCGGGUUUAUAUUUUCCUGGAUGGAGGGUUUUGAUGUUUUCGUCAACUUCAGUAGGUAUAGGUGUUAACUUUUCGAUUGUUCAAUAGUUUGAGCGUUUUUAACUUGCAUAUAUACUUUAUAGGACAAUAUUUGAAUAUUUUAAAACUCAUUUUCCGAUUUCGAGAUCGAAUCACAUCUAGAUUUGAACGAAGUUUUGAUAUUUUGAUAUUUCUUUUCUGAAAAUUGUGACCGUUAAUGUAUAAAAUAACCUGAAAGUGAAAAUUGAAUAGAAAAUGAGCUUUAAGUUUAACUUUUUUUUCUUAGAUUUUACUUCUCACUCAUAUAUUUUUCGUGUACUCAUGUUACCCUAUUGAAAAAAUGAAUAACUUUUUCUCUAUUCUAAAUGUUAGAGUACAAUUUGAACCGCGAGAUGUUGAAGUUUUUUUAAACUUAAGUUUCAUUCAUGAAAUUGCUAGAUAAAUUUUUGUAAAAACGUUGAAAAAAAGUUCAUUAAAAAUAUUCAAAAAUACCGGGGUGAAGAAGAAAAAAAAUUACCGGCUUAUAAAUUCACAGUAACUAAUUGAUCUAGUCUUUUUCUUUUUCUUUACAUUGUGUCUGGAUCCUUUUCUCGUCAACCGUCUCGUUUUUUCUUUCAACUUUCCAAAAUUUGCUUUAUUAACCUACGAUUUUUCAGGGUGCGCUUCCUUUCCCUGAGCCGACUUUGA